GAGCUCCACCCCACUGGCGGGUUCUGAUUGGUCACUUCUGACGCGUCUCGGGGCCACGAUUGGUCCGUCGGGUUCCGGACACAGCUCCCUCCCCCUUGAGGCAACUACGGCGGCUCCAAGGAGGGGGAGGGGGAAGGAGGGACGGCGGGUCCCGUCAGUCAGGCAGCGGGAGCCGCCGGGAGCGGAUGGCGGCGGCCGUAGCGGCUCCACUCGCCGCUAGGGGUGAGGAGGCGGCAGCCACAACCUCCGUGCCCGGGUCUCCGGGUCUGCCAGGGAGCCGCAGUGCAGAGCGGGCCCUAGAGGAGGCGGUGGCCACCGGGAUCCUGAAUCUGUCUAACCGGCGCUUGAAGCACUUCCCCCGGGGCGCGGCCCGUAGCUACGACCUGUCAGACAUCACCCAGGCUGACCUGUCCCGGAACCGGUUUCCCGAGGUGCCCGAGGCGGCGUGCCAGCUGGUGUCCCUGGAGGGCCUGAGCCUCUACCACAAUUGCCUGAGAUGCCUGAACCCAGCCUUGGGGAAUCUCACAGCCCUCACCUACCUCAACCUCAGCCGAAACCAGCUGUCAUUGCUGCCACCCUACAUCUGCCAGCUGCCCCUGAGGGUCCUCAUCGUCAGCAACAACAAGCUGGGAGCCCUGCCCCCUGACAUCGGCACCCUGGGAAGCCUGCGACAGCUUGACGUGAGCAGCAAUGAGCUCCAGUCCCUGCCUGCGGAGCUGUGUGGCCUCUCUUCCCUGCGGGACCUCAAUGUCCGGAGGAACCAGCUCAGUACACUGCCCGAAGAGCUGGGGGACCUCCCUCUGGUCCGCCUGGAUUUCUCCUGUAACCGCAUCUCCCGCAUCCCGGUCUCCUUCUGCCGCCUCAGGCACCUGCAAGUCAUUCUGCUGGACAGCAACCCCCUGCAGAGCCCGCCUGCCCAGGUCUGCCUGAAGGGGAAACUUCACAUCUUCAAGUACUUGUCCACAGAAGCUGGGCAGCGUGGGUCAGCCCUGGGGGACCUGGCCCCUUCUCGGCCCCCGAGUUUCAGUCCCUGUCCUGCAGAGGAUCUGUUUCCGGGACAUCGGUAUGAUGGCGGGCUGGACUCAGGCUUCCACAGCGUUGAUAGUGGCAGCAAGAGGUGGUCUGGAAAUGAGUCAACAGAUGAAUUUUCAGAGCUGUCAUUCCGGAUCUCAGAGCUGGCCCGGGAGCCCCGGGGACCCAGAGAACGCAGGGAGGACGGCUCAGCGGACGGAGACCCUGAGCAGAUUGACUUCAUCGACAGCCACGUCCCGGGGGAGGAUGAAGAUCGAGGCACUGUGGAGGAGCAGCGACCACCCGAAUUAAGCCCCGGGGCAGGGGACAGGGAGAGGGCACCAAGCAGCAGGCGGGAGGAGCCGGCAGGGGAGGAGCGGCGGCGCCCGGACACCUUGCAGCUGUGGCAGGAGCGGGAACGGCGGCAGCAGCAGCAGAGUGGGGCAUGGGGGGCCCCCAGGAAGGACAGCCUCUUGAAGUCAGGGCUCAGGUCUGCUGCGGGAGGAGCCACCGCCAUGUGCACUCAAGCCACGCACAAUGGCCCGCCUAAGUCCAGUGCCUCCCAAGCGGGAGCUACAGUGGGGCAGGGAGCCCCCGCCCCUGCCCCCGCCUCCCAAGAGCCCCUUCCCAUAGCUAUACCAGCAACAGCACCUGCUCCGAGGCCACUUGGCUCCAUUCAGAGACCAAACAGCUUCCUCUUCCGUUCCUCCUCUCAGAGUGGCUCAGGCCCUUCCUCACCAGACUCUGUCCUGAGACCUCGGCGGUCCCCCCAGAUUCCAGAUGAGAAGGACUUAAUGACUCAGCUGCGCCAGGUCCUUGAGUCCCGGCUGCAGCGGCCCCUGCCUGAGGACCUGGCCGAGGCUCUGGCCAGCGGGGUCAUCCUGUGCCAACUGGCCAACCAGCUACGGCCGCGCUCCGUGCCCUUCAUCCAUGUGCCCUCUCCUGCUGUGCCAAAACUCAGUGCCCUCAAGGCUCGGAAGAAUGUGGAGAGUUUCCUAGAAGCCUGUCGAAAAAUGGGAGUGCCUGAGGCUGACCUGUGCUCGCCCUUGGAUCUCCUCCAGGGCACUGCCCGGGGGCUGCGGACCGUGCUGGAGGCCGUGAAGCGGGUGGGGGGCAAGGCCCUACCGCCCCUCUGGCCCCCCUCUGGUCUGGGCGGCUUCGUCAUCUUCUACGUGGUCCUCAUGCUGCUGCUCUAUGUCUCCUACACUCGGCUCCUGGGUUCCUAGGACCCAAAAUCAGCCCUCCCUUACCCCUUUCCCUCCCCUCUUCUAUUUAUAAGGCCCCUGCUCCACCCAACCCCACCUGCGGUGCCUUCAGCCCCAACCAAAGACACUAGUGCACCCCCUUCACAGACACUGACCUCAGAGGCCCCACUCUGGUGCCCCCAGACCCUGGGCCCCCAGCCUCUGGCCUCCCUCCGGUAGCCCCAUGAAUCCCCACCUCUCAGUGCUGACGGUGCCUUCAUGUCCCCGCCAGCCCUGCCCCUGCCCUCUGUGCCCCGUGAGGGGUGGCAGGAGCUAGAGUCUCCCCUUUCCUCCUGUGCCCUCCCCUUCCCCCCCCAACGGCUGCUAUGCGGGGGCUAAAUUAUCUCUAUUUUGUAGAGAGGAUCUAUAUUUGUAGGGGUGUGGGACCCAGGCCGGGUCCCUGUCUCUGUGUAUAAACUGUACAGACCGUGACCGCCUUGCCUGUGUGUGUGUAUGUGUGCGCGCGUCUGCUCCGCGUGGCGGUGGCUGUGGCCAUGGCUCUGUGCCCACCAGCAUCGCCCUUCUGAGAUGCCAGCCUCUCAUGCUCCCGGAGCCUCUGCCUCCCCCCGUGUCAUCUCCCUUCUGUUAUCGCUGACAGCUUUCUUGCGUCUCAUUUGUCACCGAACCCUGAGCGCAUGGUGAUGCUCGGGUCUGCUCCCGACCCCCUGCCACAGGCCGGAAGCCACGGGGGGCCCCCUGGGGAAGCUAACCCGGCCCCUUCCCCCAGGAGUCACUGUGCCAGCCCCACCACAUCCUGGAAGAGGAGGGGGCCCCGGGAAGGGGCCUCCCCUACAUCGCUGCUGUCGUCCACGCCCUGCUGGACCGGCCUUAGGGGUGAAGGUGGGGACAGGGCCCACCCCGCCCGGGACCCCGGGAGCAGAAGACGCGCCUGGGCUGCACGCUCUGAGACAAGCACUCGGUGAGGGCGGCCUGGGCCUGGGCCCCCUUGGCCUUCGGGCCUGGCUGCCUCUGGGACCGAGGGUCUGGGUGGAAGGACCACGGGUGUCGCAGGUGUCGUGUCAGCUGCAAUAAACAGAAGCCAGAAGCCCUC